AUGUGCACCACUACAGUUAUCCUUCACACUUGUGCCAAUUGCGGCAAAGAGAUCUGCCGCCGUCUGGAUCGACUUACUACUUGUCCGUUCCGCAUGCUCCCCCACCCUAGCUGCACUCACCACGACACCAAGUACCGCACUUACACCAAGCUCUGCUCUCGAUGCCACCCUGCUUGUGCCUGCUUCACUGACGAGGAGCUCGCCAAGAUCCUCGGCACCGAUGUGCAGACUUGUGAUCUUGCCAAGUGCCGUUGCGUCAAGAAUGUCCAGAAGACUAACAAAGAUGAGAAGCAGUAG